AAAUUCGGGCACAUUCACAUCGCUAAAUUACAAAACGUGCCUUCAACCCAACUCCCCCUUUCUUUCGGCCCCCAUCAUGCACAAAGCAUGUUUUUCGUAAAACUGUGACAUGCUGCACGAUCUUUCGACCUCUGAUCAGAAGGAAUGCACAACCUUGACAAAAUAUCAAUAAUUUCCUCUCGAAAACGACGUUAACCACGAAAAAGUCGCGUCUUAUUGUGUAUUAUAGUAGCUACCGGUUAGGUUAAGUCUCACGUCCAAAUGGAGGAAUAUACUCGGGAACCGUGCCCCUGGCGAAUCGUCGACGACUGUGGGGGCGCUUUCACGAUGGGUCUCAUCGGGGGUGGCGUAUUCCAAAGCAUCAAAGGAUUUCGCAAUGCCCCCUCUGGUUUCAACAGACGGAUGGUUGGAAGUUUAGCCGCCAUUAAACAACGCUCGCCCAUAAUUGCCGGUAAUUUUGCCGUUUGGGGCGGCAUGUUCUCGACCAUUGACUGCGCCUUGAUUCACAUUCGAAAGAAGGAAGACCCGUGGAACUCUAUUAUCAGUGGGGCGGCCACCGGCGGAAUCUUAGCAGCUAGGAAUGGACUACCUGCCAUGGCUGGUAGUGCGUUUAUAGGAGGAGUGUUACUGGCGUUAAUCGAAGGUGUAGGGAUUUUGUUCACGAGGUUGUCGGCCGAGCAGUUCCAGCCGCAGUUGCCGCCAAUGGAUGAUCCGUCACAGUUGAGAAAUCAGCAGUCUGGGGGCUACUCUUUCCAAUAGAUGUUUUUUGUUUUGUAAAUUAUUGUCACUUUAGGAAAUACAUGUACAUUUUAAGGUUCAA